CAAUCGCCGCGCGCAGCCCGUCCUCGCGCGACGGUACAGUCGUACCGUCGUGACGUCGGCGGUUGCCAUGGAGAGGCCCGCUAGCUGGGGACCGCGAGCUGGCGCCAGGGGCGGCGGGGUCAGAGCGUGGCUUUGAAGCCGCUUCCGCUACCACCAUGAGCGGCCGAAGUAGGGGUAGAAAGUCCUCCCGCGCCAAAAGCCGGGGCAAAGGCCGCGGCAAAGCCCGAGUCCGCGCUGCUCCUGACGACGCCCCCCACGACCCGGACCCGCCACAGUGCCAGAGGCUCGGGGAGGAAACCCAGGCGGCACAGGUGCAGGCUGGCGCGGGUUGGGGUGGCCUGGAAACCGCUGCGCCCGCGCCGUCCCGUCGGCCCGGGGAGGACGCUGCCUGCCGGCUCCCCCUGGACUGUGGCCUCGCGCUCCGGGCCCGAGCUGUGGGGGAUCGCGGGCAGGCCGCGACCAGGCCCAGCCUGGGGAAGGCCACAUCCCUCUCGGAGCGUCUAGCAACAGACACUGUCUUCGUGGGGACUGUGGGAACCGUGGGAAGGCCGAAAAAUGGCCCCCGCGUUGGAAAUCGGCGUGGCUCCGCCGGGAAGAAGGUCCCAGAAACCUGUAGCACAGCGGGGAGGGGGCCUCAGGCCAUAGCUGGCGGGAAGCCGAAGAAAGGGGCCGCAGGGGAGAGUGUCUCCGUCCCUGUGGUGGAGGAGAAGAAGGUGGAGAGGGAUGCAGGGUCAGGGCCCCUGGCGACAGAUGGCAGCAUGGAUACGCUGGAGACGGUCCAGCUGAAGCUGGAGACCAUGAACGCCCAGGCAGACAGGGCCUACCUUCGCCUCUCGCGGAAGUUUGGGCAGUUGCGACUGCAUCACUUAGAGCGCAGGAACCUCCUCAUCCAGAAUAUCCCGGGUUUCUGGGGGCAAGCUUUUCAGAACCACCCCCAGCUAUCAUCCUUUCUGAACAACCAAGAUAAAGAGGUUCUCAGCUACUUGAACAGCUUGGAGGUGGAAGAGCUUGGCCUCGCCAGAUUGGGCUACAAAAUCAAGUUCUACUUUGGGCGCAACCCCUAUUUCCAAAAUAAGGUGCUCAUCAAGGAAUAUGGGUGUGGCCCUUCGGGUCAGGUGGUGUCUCGUUCUACUCCAAUCCAGUGGCUCCCAGGGCAUGAUCUUCAGUCGUUAAGCCAGGGGAACCCCGACAACAGCCGUAGCUUCUUUGGGUGGUUUUCAAACCACAGCUCCAUUGAGUCUGACAAGAUUGUGGAGAUAAUCAACGAAGAACUGUGGCCCAAUCCCCUGCAGUACUACCUUAUGAGUGAAGGGGCCCGUGCAGAGAAAGGAAAGGAGGGCAGGCAAGGUCCAGCAAGGCAGCCAGUGGAGACCCCUGAGCCUGGGGCAAACAAGUCCAACUGAUCCUGCACUAGUCUCCCUACUACCUCCUGUUGGACCUGUGCCCAGCUAACCACACGUGUUUGGUUAUCUGCCUUCUCUUCAUGUUGGCCUCUGUGCACUGUAUUCCCUUUGGACUUCAGUUACAAGAAUAUGGUAUUUAUGAUCAUGUUCUUUUGCCUCCUCGUGGCCUUCUUGCUUUUUCACAUUAGUGUUACAUGUUAAAUGAUCUCACCCCUACUGUUUAUGUUAAGCACACAUGCUUCAAGUGUGUGCUGCCUUUGUCUACAUUGCCUGGACCGUGUUUUUGGCUCUGGCCUUUCCCAGCUGUCUUUAACAUGGACGCUCAUGAGUCCUCCUCCAAGAGGACCAGUGCAUCCUCAAGCUCUGCUACUUCAGGGCCAGUGACUUGCUGAGCUUUGUGUUCAUGCUGGCCAUGCAUGCCAUCUAUGGCCAGUUUUUCUGUUGCCACUGCAGAAUGAAGCUAGCGCACAUGGUAUUGGCCAUCAGCCAAAACUAAUUGUUCCAAAGCCCUGGGGUCACCGGCCUAGUUGCCACCACCUCCUGGAUCUCUGACUUUGGCUAGGGGCCUCAGCUGCCCUGCUGGAUGUGCAGAAUAGCACUUGACUGCUGGGCAUGGAUGAGGUUGAGAGUGAGAAGCAGUAUGCCGUGUGUUCUGUACCAUCAUGUGUCUCUUCCUGCCUCUGGGCCCUUCUACUAUUGAACAUUCAUCAAGGUCUAUACCAUGCUCCGUCACUAUCAGGCCACUGAGACUUGUCUAGGUUGCUAUUGGCCCUAGUUGGCUUCCUGGUCAACGAGGACCUCAAGAACUGCCUGUGGACCCAGGCCCCCUGCCAGUGCAUGAGACACACACCUACCCUCCCCAGCCUUCCAGGAACCCUGCCGCCUGCCAGACUGAUGGGCGGGUGUGUGAACAUGUGCUCACUGUCAUCGUGCUGUGGCUGCAGGUGUGGCCUUGCGUAUGUGGAAGAUUGAUGCUGUAUGCUGCUUAUUUUGCCAUAAGUAAAAUCUUACCACUUCCCCCAUUUUUGCCUAAUGGGAAAAUGUAGCUGCACAGGGAAACAUGGCGCUGCCAUCAAGGAAUAAGGAGAGCUCAAGUGGUUAGGACGGAUGGGAGAUGUUAGUCACUUGUAGGCUCAUCCUUUCUGGAGCAAUGUGGCUACGCUGCUGACAAGCACAUCACAUAAUAGUUGGAAGCCCCAUGCAUGUGCACUGCCCCUGCCCCAGCUCCCCUGGGCACCUCUUCUGACAAGAAAGCUCUACCAGUGCUUGGCGUGCUGUGUCUCAUCUCCUCCAUUACAUGGUAAGUGCUCUUCCCGCUAGGCAAUGCGUUUUUGGUUUUCCUGUUUCCCAUAGCACCUCACCCAGGGUUCACUCAACAUUUGAUGCAUGCGGUCAGUAAAUGCUACUUGGGCAAAUGCAGUAAGUCAAUAAUCUUUCUAAAAUGUAAAUUUGAUCAUGUCAAUCACCUGUUCAAAACCUUCAGGAGUAAGGUCCAAAAUCCUAAGAAGCUCAUAAUAGGCCUUCCAUUAUCUGACCCUACCUAUUUUUUACUUCAAACUUUUUUAUUAUGAAUAAUUUCAACAUACAUAAAAGUUGACAAAGCACAAUGGUUACCCGUAUAUCUACUAUUUAAGUUCGAUGAUUUUUAACUUCGUGCCAUAUUUGUCUCGCUCUGUAUAUAUAUGUUUUGCUGAACAAUUUGAAAAUAAGUUGCUUGACCCUUCACCCCUAAAUACUCAGCAUGCAUCUAAUAAAAAAGGAUUUUCUCCUGUAAACGUCAGACCAUUAUCACACUGCAGAACAGAAUUCCUAAAUACCCUCUAGUAUACAGUCCAUAUUUAGAUUUCUCCAUUGUUACCAAGAUUAUCUUACAGUAUUAGUUUUAAAAUCAAGAUUGAAAAAUGUUCAGCCAUUCAUCUGGUGAUCUCUUCAAUCUUCUUAAAACAAAAAUAAUCCCCUCACUUUUGUCCCCCCACCCCCACCCCCCCACCAUGACAUUGACUUUCUGAAGGAGUUAGGCCACUUGUCUUUUAGGAUGUCCCAAAUUCCGGAUUUGUCUGAUUGCAUCUUCCUGGUGUCAGUUCACUUUUCCUCUGUCUCCUGUAUGUCUUGUAAACUGAGGAUGCAGAUGGAAUGCCUUUGGCAAGAGUACAUAGACAAGGCAGAUCCUUCACAGUGCGUCCCUUCUGAAGGCAAAGUGACAGCUGGUCCCACUGUCGUGCUGUUCGUUUGCUCUCUUGGUUAAGAUGGCGAUCACCAUAUUUCCUUCUUCCAAUUAGCAGGAAAUCUCUGAAAUUACUGUAAGGAUACUGUUCCCUUAAACUUUCAUCCCAAGGUUUUAGCAGCCAUCGAUGACAUUUGCCCAAACCUGUUACUUCACUGUGGGUUACAAAAUAGUGACCUUCUAAUCUUGGCAUUUCCUUUACAUAUGUUAUCUGGUAUUUUCCUGUAAGGAAGAGUUUACUCUCAGCAUCUAGCAAUGAACUCUACUUCCUUCUGAAAGGCAGUGUAAAUGCUUCAUUUAUUCCUUUUAUUAUCUAUUUUCGGAAUCAGAAGUUGGUGUAAUAAUUGCUUCUAAUGGUUUCAAAUAAGGGCAUGUUUUUCUUUUCUCUUUACGAUCACUGUGGACUUGUGGGGUUUUAUUUAUUUAACGUUUUAUGAUCAAUUAUAGUCAUUUUCUCUUUUGGCUACUCAACUGACUUGCAUUUUGCUACUAACUUUUACCAGACUCCUCUUGUCCUUGUCCCUGGUUUUCUCCCAUUGCCCCCUGUGCUGUGCUGCAGCCAGUAUGAAUCAGUGUGAAUCAGUUCCGGGUCUCUGGAUGCCCACUGUGCUCUUUCACACCCUGAAUGUUUGUACAAGCAGUUUGUGUAGGAAGAAAGCCCUUGCAGCCCUUCUCAGGUACGGCUCAGAUAUUCUCGUACCAGGCCGUAGUUUUUAAUCUGAAUUAGUCCCUCCCUCCUCUUUAUUUCCACAGUAUUCUAUCCACACUUCAACUUACAGUACCUAACAUAGUGACUUGUUCUUGUCUGUUUAUCAGAGACUGAGAUCCUUGAGGCCACAGAAUAAUAAUGACAAGUAGUAUGUCUUAAUCAUUUUUGUAUUCUCGUACUUGAGGGGCUUAUGCAUAGUAGGUGCUCAUUAAGCAAUUGAACAAGUGAGCAAAUGAAUGGUCCCUAAAGAUUCCUUAAGGCAGCAGUGACAAACUACCGAGAGGCUGCAAGUGCCCAGAAGCAGAGGUUGGGAAUAAUUUCAAGUGAAGAGAAGCAUGAACCUAAUACAAAUGGGUUAAAGGGUGGUGGGGGGUGGGGAACUAUCACCGGUACAAAGCCUCAGGCAAAAAACUUGAGUUUGUUUCUUCCUCUCUGCUAUAAACUCUCAAGGAUCUUUGUUCAUUGUUGAAUCUCUUGAAUCCCAGGUGCAUACACAUUGACAUAUUUUGGUCUGGUGAAAGCGUUACCCCGUAGGGAUCCGAAAGGGUAUGUGCACCCCGAUGUUCAUAGCAGCAAUGUCCACAAUAGCCAAACCGUGGAAAGAGCCAAGAUGUCCAUCAACAGAUGAAUGGAUAAAGAAGAUGUGGUAUAUAUAUACAAUGGAAUAUUAUGCAGCCAUCAGAAGGAAUGAGAUCUUGCCAUUUGCAACGACGUGGAUGGAACUGGAGGGUGUUAUCUGAGCGAAAUAAGUCAAAGAGAAAGACGUGUAUCAUAUGACCUCACUGAUACGAGGAAUUCUUGAUCUCAGGAAACAAACUGAGGGUUGCUGGAGUGGGGGGUGGGGUGGGAGGGAUGGAGUGACUGGGUGAUAGACACUGGGGAGGAUAUAUGCUCUGGUAAGCGUGGUGAAUUGUGCAAGACUGUUGAAUCUCAGAUCUGUACCUCUGAAACAAAUAAUGCAAUAUAUGUUAAGAAAAAAAAAAAAAGAAGAUAGCAG